AGUUCCCAGACAAAUGAUGCGAUUAGGCAGUUCGUGUACAGCAUAAAUGUAAAAGCAGCGAACGCCAGAAGUCCGUUCGGAGAGCUGCGGCUGCGCUUCGCUCUCGGCUCCUUUGCUCUGGUCUGGUUGUUGUCCGCACGCACGCGUCAGGCCGAGCGAGGCUCAUCGAUUGAUCGGGUCUGCUGGCUGUAAUUCGGCUCUGAACCGCAGUCCUCAGUGCGAGGUCCCGCCCGUCUGUCCGAGCGAGGUUCGGCGACCUGCAGGCGAACCAGGCGGAACCGGCGCAGCCAGCGAGGCCAAGUACGAGUGCGAUGCUUGGGGGACGGGCAAGGGACUGAGGCCAUGGGCUGUACCUCGGCCAAGCAGGUGUCGGCCGUGCCCAGCGACGAGGAGGGCCGGGGCAAGGCCUACAGCAACGGGGACCUCUUCAGCGAUGAGUAUAGGAUGAAGGGAGUGGAGGAGGUGAAGUACCUGCGUGGCAGAGAAGAGGACAGAGUCAACAGUCGCAACUCAGAGAACCUGGAGAAGAGCGCCGUGGCCUGCAGGAGCAAACAGAACAAGGAGGUGCCGGGCGGGAACGCCAGCAGGACCAAUAUCCACACGUCGGAGAGCCAGCAGGAGUUUUUCAGGAUGCUUGAUGAAAAGAUUGAGAAGGGACGGGACUACUGCUCUGAAGAAGAGGAUGUGACAUAGCAUGACGGUCCCCCCCCCCCGCCCCCGCUCGCCUGAGCCCUGAGAGAGUGCCUGUUGGAGUGCCUGAGUGUGCAAAGCCGUGCGACGUGAUGCUUGUUGAGAGCCUGCUGCCCUCAAAGACUGUCGGAUGCCAACCAAGCCAAACCCCAGCCGGUGGCCCCGCCUCUGUGCUGUGGCCCCGCCUCAGUGCUGCCACCCCACCUCACUCUGCUUGGCCCCGCCUCCUUGCUGUGGCCCCGCCUCUUUGCUGUGGCCCCACCUCACUCCACUUGGAACCCACCUCCUGGAGGAAGGAGGAGAGGUCAGUCGAGGACCCAUGGAGACCCUGCCGCUCCCUGUUCUGGAGUUUGGAGAGCUGAACACCCCCCCGCUGCUCCCUUCCUUGCCAAACUGAAGUGUCCCUGGGCACCCCAGUGUGCUGACACUGUCUCCCCUUCAGAGGGAAAGCGGACAGGACGAGCUCGCAGCCUCCCCUCCUCCCUCACUUCCUCUUCGUUUGUUUAUUUUUUCUUUUUUAUUGCUCCUCCAAAGAAGAAGUGAGACUGGGAUGGAGGGAUGGCCUGUGUUAGCGCCCCCUACCAGUUCCAGGCAGCAGCGGAGGGCUCAGCGCUAAUGUGAUUCAGGUGUACUCAGAGGACAUCAGCUGAAAGCGGAUACUUUAAUUAGAGAGAGAUAAGGGGGAGAACGGAGUUUGUCAUUUUAAUCUCCUGCCUUCCAGUGAACUCUAUUUUUAUUUUCCAAGUGUUGCUUUUUUAUUUUUUAUUUUUUUAAAGUAUUUCUUUAGCUUCUAUCAUAACUCACCAGCAGUGCCAGUUAAGUCCCCACCCCCCCCCCCCCCCCCUCCGGAUGGAUUUAGGUUCUUCCCCUUAUGGUUUAGUCCCACCCACACCCUAAACACACAUUAAAGGUACUUCAUUCUACAGUACACACCGCUUCCAUGUCCACCUGUGCCGGAGCCCCACCUGGGCCGCAAUCCCACCCAGGCUGUCAUACAUUUAUCCUGGAACACACAUGCAUGCACUGCCCACGCAAGACCACCACACCCAGAACAAAGAGAGAGCGGCUCCAUCCAGUGCUUCUGUCAUCAUCAUCAUUACUGGAUCCUUU